AUGAAGAAAGUACGGCCGAACGUAGAUGUGGACGCUGAUGAUCUCAAUGCUGCAUUCCUGCGCCAGUCAUCGGACAUUCUUCCUGCCUACUCGUCACAAAAUGUUUGUAAAGUAAGACCAUUCUCAUAUUGGGAUGUGUUAAAACUUUUAAAAAGCUCCAAAUCGUCUUCGGCUGCAGGUCCGGAUGACUUACAUCCAGCCCUCUUCAAUUUUGGUGCUGCUUCCCUAGCUGGAGCAAUUACCUCCAUUGUAAAUGAAUCCCUUCACACUUCUACUAUCCCCGACUGUUGGAGGCCGGUCACAAUCAUACCAAUCCCCAAAGCAUCCAAAUCUUGUACCCUCUUCAAACGUUUUCGUCCCAUAGCAUUAACAUCUUCAGCACUUGAAUUGACUGAAAAGGCCAUCCUCAACGCCUUCAGCAGUCCAUAA